CAAACCACAAUUAAAAUUUACCGUAAUCUAAAGUGUAAUCAUGGAAUGGAAAACUGGGCCGGGUACACUUUAGGCCAGUAAGUAAACAUUUGAUACACAUACAAAAAAUUUAUUUUACAUAUAUCAAAAAUGACAAUGAAUAAUUUAGUAAAUUAUAAAGAUUUUGAUUCAAUAUGCCGUAUUUGUUUGAGUUUCAAAGAUGCUGAAGCAUUAUGUUGGAAUCUUGAAAUAAUUCAUAUGUUAGAGGCAUGUUCAUCCAUACAGGAAACAUUAGACUCAAAACUUCCGAAACAUGUUUGCACAACCUGUUACGAUCAAUUAAAGCAGUAUUUUCAAUUCCAACAACAAUAUUUGAUAUCAAUACAAAUUUUAACAGAUAUUGUUUUAAAAUUAGAAGAGAAUAAUAAGGAUUCUUCGAUUAAAAAUGAGACAGACGAUGAUGAAAAAUUUGAUAUCCCCACAAUCCCCGCAAAUUUCACUUUACCCCUUGAUGUAGACAUUGUUAAAAAAGAAGAGAAUAAUGAUUUGAUGGUUUCUUCGAUUGAAAUUAAACCAGAGAACUCUGUUAAACGAAAACGAAUUCCAGUAAAAAAAUUAAUUUACGCUAAACCUAGGAUUAAACUACGACGUAAAAUUAAAGAAAAAUUAAAAUCCAUUUCACCACCUGAACCAUCAUCUUCGAUACCCGAAACUGACGAAAUUUGUAACAAUGACAACGAUUUCCCUCAUGAUGAAGAAGAUGGCAUUAGCGAAGGAGAUAUUGAUUUUCAAAUCCCUGAGAAGAAAAGUAAAGGUCGAAAAGGACGACCAAGUAUACAGGAUGAACAAACUGAAUGGAUUUGUGAUAUAUGUGGGAAAAAAUUUUCGAAAAAAGUUUAUAUGAAAAAACAUCAAGUUAUACAUUCGGAAAAUCGACCAUUUGAAUGUUAUAUUUGUCACAAAACAUUCAAAUUAAAAUGGAGUAUGAAAGAACACGUUAAAACACAACAUACAGAACGUGAUAAACGUGUUAUGUGUCCGAUUUGUGGUAAAUUAAUACUACCAAAAAGUAUUAAUUACCAUAAAAAUAAAUAUCACAAAGAGAAUAAAGAGAAAUUCAAAUGCGAUAAAUGCGAUCGACAAUAUACACAAAAAAGUGGCCUACAAACGCAUAUCAAAGAGAAACAUAUGGAAAACGAUACAAUGUACUUUUGUGACCUAUGUAAUAAAGGUUUUGUAUUAAAAGGCUCGUUACGAAUGCAUAAAAAGUAUACACACAUGAAAGAGAAAAAUCUAGCGUGUACAAUUUGUGGGAAAACAUUUAAAAUGUUGAGUAACAUGAAUCAUCAUAUUAAUGCACAUCAUAAAAAUUUAAAACCGCAUGCGUGUAGCGUUUGUAAUAAGGCUUUUUAUACGAAAUUCUUGUUAAAGAAACAUAUGAUUUGCCAUACGGGAGAACGGCCAUUUACGUGUACAAUUUGUGGAAAAUCGUUUGGAUUUAAAAGUGUUUUAACGACACAUAUGAAAGGUGUGCAUGAAUCCGAGAGUAAAUUACCCCAACAAAUAUGUAAAAGCUGUAACAAUCAAUUGAAAAAAUCUUAUGAUUUUCGACAAAAAUGCUGUGCAUCGCUAGAAUUAUUGAAUGAAAUUCUCGAAACGAGUAAAAACGGAAUAAAGAAAGAAGAACCCGAAACACUAACAGAUAAUUAUGAUAUGCAUCUAGAAAUAGAAAUCAAAUCCGAGGAUAAUCAAACAGCAGAUGACAAUGAUUCGCAAAAUUUAUUACAUUCACCCGAUCCCGAUAUAAAAGAAGAAGAUAGCGACAACAAUAGUACGGAUAAUGUAUCAGAAAUUGAAAAAACAGAAAAAACAAAAAAUAAAAUACGAAAGUCAAAAAAGAAAACCGCCACAUCCGAAGAAAAUUUUGAUUAUAUUUGUGAUUUAUGUGGUCGGACAUUUAAAAAACGAUCACACUUGAAAGUCCAUCAAAAAACACAUAUAGGUCCGAAAAAUAAUGAACCUGAUCGUCGUGAAUUAUGUUAUCUUUGUGGAAAAUUCAUUAUACCAAAAUGUUUAAGCUACCAUUUAAGUACCCAUAAAAAAUUACAAGAGAAAUACACGUGUAAAAUAUGUGGCCGUAAUUAUGCCACAAAGAACAUUUUACAAAAACAUGUGAAAAAGAAACAUACGGAUGCGGUCAAUAUACGAUUUUACUGUGAUAUUUGUAACAAAGAUUAUGUGUCACGUGGUUCAUUAAAGAUUCAUAAAUCAUUUGUACAUAGCGAGCAACGUAAUGAGAAGAAACAUUGUUGUCCAUUAUGUGAUAAAAAGUAUAAAUUAACUAGUCAUAUGAAAGCACACAUUAAUGCAGCGCAUAAAGAUUUACGACCGCAUGCGUGUACAAUAUGUAGUAAAGCGUUUCAUACGCGAACGUUGUUGAAGAAACAUAUGCGAUAUCAUACUGGUGAACGUCCGUUUGUAUGUACGAUUUGCGGAAAAGGUUUUCCAACGAAAUACGGUUUGACCACACAUAUGAAGCGAUCAAUAAAUUUAUCAGAUUUUUUUUCAAUUUGUCGAGUUUGUUUAGAAUCAAAAGAAAAUAUGCUUUACGUCAAUAUUGAUAUUAUUAACAUGCUAGAAGCGUGCACAUCUGUACAGGAAUCAGAGAAUAAAUUACCGCAACAAAUUUGUAAAAAUUGUCAUUAUCUAUUAAAAAAUUCAUACGAUUUUCGACAAAAAUAUUAUUUAUCAUUACAAAUUUUAUCAGAAAUUCUUGAAAACAAUGACAAAACUGAUACAGAUAAUGCAAUAAAAAUAGAAACAAUUGAUGUUAAAUGUAGCAUAUUGAACGAUUGUAGCGCACCGGUGAUAAAAUCUGAAAAUAUUAAAUCUGAGGAACAACAAACUGUGAUAUCUUCAUCAUCUGAUGAAACUGAUAAUGAAAAUAUUGAACCAACAACAACCGAAAAUAUACGUAAAACAAAAAAGAAACGUCAUCGAUCAUGUAAAGAUGAACAAGACGAUUGUAUCUGUGAUUUAUGUGGACGAAAAUUUACCAAACAAAGUUAUUUAAAAGUACAUAAAAUAUCUCAUUCAAAUGAGAAACCAUUUAAAUGUACAAUAUGCGAUAAUACAUUUAAGUAUUCGUUUACGCUUACCACACAUAUGAAAACACAACAUACCGAACCGGAACGACGUGAAAUGUGUUUUAUUUGUGGCAAAUUUAUAAUACCACAAAGUUUAAGCUACCAUUUGAGUACACAUAAAGAGAAUAAGGAAAAAUUUAAAUGUCAAGUGUGUAACAAAGAAUAUACACAACAAGGUAUAUUACGUAAACAUAUUCAAGAAAAACAUUCAGAAGCGGCAAAUAAAAAAAUUUAUUGUGAAAUAUGUAACAAAGGAUACGCAUCAAAAGAUUCACUUAAAAUACAUAAAGCAUACGUGCAUACGGAAGGGAAAAAAUUAAGUUGUCCAAUAUGUGGUAAAAAAUUUAAAAUGAUGUUUAACGUGAAUGCACAUAUCAAUGCAACACAUAAAGAUUUACGUCCACACUCGUGUAACAUAUGUAACAAAGCGUUUCAUACGCGUACGUUAUUAAAGAAACAUAUGAUUUGUCAUACCGGCGAACGGCCAUUCGCGUGUACGAUUUGUGGUAAAGCAUUUGGUACGAAAACUGUUUUAACAACGCAUAUGAAAGUUCAUUCAAAAUGA